GUCAACUCGCUCUCGCUCGGCUCGGCCUUCCCCGGCCCUCCCGCGCCGCUCGAGAUGGCCGCUGCGGUGCGGCCGGGCGCGGAGCCGUGGAACCGCGUGAGGAUCCCCCAGGCGGGGAACUGCAGCACGCUGACCGUGCGGGACCCCAGCGCCACCCUGGAUGCCUGCACUGCAGCUGUCAUUAAAGGGUGCCACCUCGUCACACAGUCACUCAAGAGCCAGACCUUGGAUGCGGAAGUCGAUGUGUUAUGCUCCGUUCUCUACAGCAAUCACAACAGGCUGGGCCACCACAAGCCCCAUUUGGCCCUCAGACAGGUAGAACAGUGCUUAAAGCGUUUGAAACAUAUGAAUUUGGAGGGCUCAAUCGAAGACCUGUCACAGUUGUUGUCUGCCAAUGCAACUCAGCCUGGAGCUACAGAAAACCGCGUCGUCCCCAGCCAGCCAGUGGUGGAGGUGGUGCUGAUGAAGGUUUUGGGAGGCUGCAAGUUGUUACUGCGCUUGCUGGACUGCUGCUGCAAGGCAUUUCUGUUGACUGUGAAGCACUUAGGGCUAAAGGAAUUCAUUAUUUUGAACCUUGUGAUGGUUGGGCUGGUGAGCAGGUUAUGGGUUCUCCAUAAAGGACUUUUGAGAAGGCUCAUUUCCUUAUAUGAGCCAUUACUCAGAUUGCAUCAGGAGAUCUCCAGCAUUCAUCCCAUGCCUUACUUCAAAGAUUUUGCCUUUCCCUCGGACAUCACUGACUUUCUAGGCCCCUCUUACCUUGAAGUCUUCAAGGGAAAAACACCUGCAGCUUCUGCUACUAAAGGAGUAACAAAGUUGCUAAAUAAACUGUUUUUAAUGAGAGAGCAACUACCAAAGAUGAAUGAAGACACCUUAGAUAGACUUUCCAAACCAUCUGAACAAAUGACAAGCAAUCUACAGAGCACUGUGGACCUGGGCCAGCCAGUGAAAGCCUAUAAGAGGACCAGAAAAGAAAAGCCAUUGGGAUUUGACCUGCGGGCUUUUUGCACAAGACGUGGAAACAAAGCGACUCAGGAGACCAACCGCCAGGAGACCAACUGCGAGUUUAAAUAUUCUCAAUCCAAACUGAAGACAACCAAACUUCCCUCUCAGAAACUGAGAACUCACUGGGCUAACAAUACUGUGCAAAGAAUCCGAAAGACCAAGACGUUCACCCAACUUUCUGAAGAAAUUGAAAUGGCAAUUGUGUGGUCCCGGAGCAAAAAGCUCAAGAUUCAGGCCACCUAUCUGGGCAACAAACUUCUUAAGAGUAAUAGGUUCAGACAUGUGGAAUCUCAAGGCUAUAGUUUGACAAAGAAGCUACAGUGCAUGAAAACAUCUCUCUGCAACUGCCUUCUCCGAGGCUCUCGUACCAGCACUUCAAAGCAUCCUCCCAGACAAAGAAGAUCAGAGUAUAAAGUUUUAUCAAGACAAAGGAAACCGCAGAGAAAGUUACAGUCAACUCUUUUAAAGGAAACCCAGCAGGUCCCUGAAGGGACUCUGAAGAACACUAGGGACAGCAGUGCUAAGAGGAGAUGCUCUGGGACAGUUCAGAGGUCAGAUGUCUGUCCUAAUGGAAAGCAGGUCUUGAGAAAACUUGCAAAGCCUGACCUAAAGACAAAGAUGGUGGUCCAUGGGAACCUUCCAGGGGGCAGUAGAAAUGAAUCUGGCUUUCAGGCGAAGAGACAGAUGCACACACACAAUGCGCCAGACACUGCUAAAGAAGCAGAUGACAUUGAUGAUAUUUUUGCUUUGAUGGGAGUUUAGAUGUAGUGAUGUGAAACUUCUGAGCAGGUAACAAGCUGGUCCAGUGUUCUGCUCCUUUAAGGGGUGUUGCUAAGCUCUGGAAACACUGCUUAGGCUGAGAGCUGCUUCUGUGCAGUUUCCCACCGGAGUGCAUUCAGGUCAAUAAACAUUCACAGCAGCCUUGUGUAAGCUAAUCAGAUGGUGUUUGGCUUAGACUGUGCAAGGUGUUAACUAUGAUGAACAGUCUGAGGAACACAUCCUUCAUGACUGAAACAAGUCAGUUUCUGAAUUAGAUGAUUUUAUGAUCUACUGUUGAGUUAAAAUCUGAGUAAUUUUAUAAGAUCUUAUAUCUGAAGGUAAACAGAACAAGGCUGGAGUAGCAAAGCACCAUGAAGGGUCACCUGGCCUCACUGACCUCACUCCCUUUUAAAGUUUUAUACUUUGUGUGAGGGUGUGUACGUAUAUGUGGAUAUCAGAGGGUAACCUGUGAGAGUUGGUUCUGUCCUCGCCUAUGGGUCCCAGGAGUGGUGUCCUAGUUAGGGUUUUACUGCUGUGAACAGACACCAUGACAAGGCAACUCUUAUAAGGACAACAU